AUGGGGACCCCGUUUAGAUCUAGGUUUUGCCUUUUGAUCCUUGUACUUCUCUGUAUCUGCAUUUGUAGCCAUUCAGUUUCUGCGGAGAACCGCAGGCCUAAGAAUGUGCAGGUAGCUCUUAGAGCCAAGUGGUCUGGGACUCCAGUACUUUUAGAAGCAGGUGAAUUGCUUUCUAAGGAAUGGAAAGAUCACUUCUGGGACUUCAUUGAAUCAUGGCAUCAGUCUAUAAAUGAAGAUACUGAUUCUAAUACUGCGAAAGAUUGCAUAAGGAAAAUUGCCAAAUAUGGGAAAUCUCUAUUAGGUGAAACUUUGGCUUCAGUUUUUGAAUUUUCUCUUACUCUUCGGUCUGCAUCUCCGAGACUAGUGCUCUAUCGCCAGUUAGCGGAGGAAUCUCUUUCAUCUUUUCCUCUAGCUGAUGAUAUUAGCUCAAACCCUGUUGAUGGAGGGAUCCCUGAAUCGAAUGAAACCACAAACAUCAAGAAGUCUGAACCCCGUCUUUUGGGUAUGAACCCAAGAAGUCCGGGGAAAAGAUGUUGUUGGAUUGAUACUGGUGGGUCAUUGUUUUUCGAUGUACCAGAACUGCUCUCGUGGCUGCAAAGUACUAAUGUUGCGGCUGAUGACACUUUUCAGCAGCCUGAGAUUUUUGAAUUUGAUCAUGUCCAUCCAGAUUCAACUACUGGAAGUCCCAUUGCCAUUUUGUAUGGGGCUCUUGGGACUAAAUGUUUUAAGGAAUUUCAUAUUAGCUUGGUCGAAGCUGCCAGGAAGGGAAAAGUCAAGUAUGCUGUUAGACCUGUAUUGCCUUCUGGGUGCGAAUGUAACAGUGGCCCCUGUGGAUCCAUUGGUGCCGAAGAACCUCUAAACUUGGGUGGUUAUGGUGUGGAGCUUGCUCUGAAGAAUAUGGAAUACAAGGCCAUGGAUGACACCGCUAUAAAGAAAGGUGUAACCCUCGAAGAUCCCCAUACUGAAGAUCUCAGCCAAGAAGUCAGAGGGUUCAUAUUCUCCAAAAUUUUGGAGCGUAAACCAGAGCUAACAUCUGAGAUAAUGGCAUUCAGGGAUUAUCUCUUGUCAUCUACAGUUUCUGAUACACUCGAGGUUUGGGAAUUGAAAGACUUAGGACAUCAAACUGCACAGAGGAUAGUUCAUGCCUCUGAUCCUUUGCAAUCAAUGCAAGAAAUCAAUCAAAAUUUCCCAAGUGUCGUCUCUUCAUUAUCACGGAUGAAGCUGAAUGAUUCCAUAAAAGAUGAAAUUAUUGCAAACCAGCGAAUGAUCCCCCCUGGCAAGUCCUUAAUGGCUCUGAAUGGUGCCUUGAUCAAUAUUGAAGAUAUUGACAUUUAUCUGCUGGUUGACAUGGUCCAUCAGGAGUUAUCGUUGGCUGAUCAAUAUUCAAAAUUGAAGAUCCCUUUGAGUACUGUGAGGAAACUCCUUUCAGUUGUACCUCCAUCUGAGUCCUUUAUAUUUCGUGUUGAUUUUCGAUCUCCUCAUGUUUACUAUAUCAACAAUUUGGAAGAGGAUGCUAUGUACAAGCGUUGGCGAAGUAAUAUAAAUGAGCUUUUGAUGCCAGUCUUCCCUGGACAAUUGCAUUACAUUCGUAAAAAUAUCUUUCAUGCAGUUUACAUACUGGAUCCUGCAUCUCUUUGUGGGUUAGAGACCAUUGACACGAUCAUUUCCUUGUUUGAGAACAAUCUUCCUUUGAGGUUUGGUGUAAUAAUGUACUCAGCCAAGUUAAUUGAGAAGAUCGAAGCAAAUGAUGGUGAACUUCCGCUUGCUCAAUUGGCAGAUGAUAGUGGAGAAGACAUUUCCAGUUUGAUUAUACGUCUUUUCAUUUACAUCAAGGAACACCAUGGGACUCUAAUGGCUUUUCAGUUUUUAAGCAACGUAAACAAAUUGAGACUUGACUCAUUUGAAGAAGGUACUCCUGAAAGAUAUCAUGUGGAACGGGCUUUUGUGGAAACAAUACUUCCGAAGGAAAAAUCUCCACCUCAAGAUACUUUAUUGAAGCUGGAGAAGGAGCAAACUUUCAAUGAACUGUCUCAAGAAAGCUCCAUGUUCGUUUUUAAGCUGGGUUUGUCCAAGCUUCAGUGCUGUCUCUUGAUGAAUGGGCUUUUCCAUGAAUCUAGUGAGGAGGCCCUUAUGAAUGCAAUAAAUGAUGAACUUCCCAGAAUACAGGAGCAAGUUUACUUUGGGCAUAUAAAUUCUCAUACCAAUAUUCUGGACAAAUUUCUAUUGGAAAGUGGCAUUCAACGUUAUAAUCCUAAGAUUAUUGCAGAUGGGAAGGUCAAACCAAAAUUUGUUUCUUUAUCUGCAUCAAUUCUUGGAAAAGAAUCUGUAUUAUACGACAUUAGCUACUUACAUUCACCUGAAACCGUGGAUGAUUUGAAGCCUGUGACUCAUCUUCUUGCAAUCGGGGUUACAUCAAAGAAAGGGAUGAAGUUGCUUCGUGAAGGAAUACAUUAUCUGAUUGAUGGUUCUAAAAAUGCUCGCAUCGGCGUGUUAUUUAGUGCUGAGGAGGAUACAAAUCUGCCAAGUCUCUAUUUUGUGAAAGUCUUUGAAAUCACUGCAUCCUCAUAUAGUUUUGUUAGUUUCUUUUUCAGAACUUAUUUUUCACCAAGCUUAUGUUUCGUUUAUAAGAAAGGAGUAUUACAGUUUCUGGAUCAAUUAUGCUCAUUCUAUGAACGAGAAUACAUGCAGGCUUCUGGGGUUACUGAAAGCACUCAAGCACUCAUUGAUAAGGUCUUUGAGUUGGCUGAUGCAAAUGGUUUGCCAUCUAAGGACUACGAAUCUGCUCUAUCUGGGUUUUCUGCCGACAAAUUGAGAAUGCACUUGAAUAAGGUGAUCCAGUUUUUAUGCAGGCAACUUGGACUUGAAUAUGGUGUGAAUGCAGUUAUUACCAAUGGGAGAGUGAUCCAACUCCUUGAUGGUAAUACAUUCUUGAGCCAUGAUUUGCACCUUCUGGAAUCCCUGGAGUUGAAGCAACGAAUAAAGCAUAUUGUUGAAAUUAUUGAAGGCAUUAAGUGGGAGGACAUAGACCCUGACAUGUUGACAAGCAAGUUCAUCAGUGACAUUGUGAUGGCCAUCUCAUCUUCAAUGAGUCUACGAGAUCGAAACCCUGAGAGUGCUCGAUUUGAAAUUUUGAGUGCAGAAUAUAGUGCUGUUGUUUUACAAAAUGAUCAUUCGAGCAUUCAUAUUGAUGCUGUUAUUGAUCCCUUGAGUGCUUCUGGGCAAAAGUUAUCUUCUCUUCUGCGGAUUCUGUCAAAGUACGUUCAGCCAAGCAUGAGACUUGUACUCAAUCCAAUGAGUUCUCUGGUUGAUCUUCCCCUGAAGAAUUACUACAGAUAUGUAGUCCCAACAAUGGACGACUUCAGCAGUACAGAUCAUACAGUGCACGGUCCCAAAGCAUUUUUUGUGAAUAUGCCACUAUCUAAGACACUUACCAUGAAUCUUGAUGUUCCUGAGCCAUGGCUUGUUGAGUCGGUUGUCGCUGUCCAUGACCUCGACAACAUAUUGCUUGAAAACCUAGCAGACACCAGGACAUUGCAAGCAGUUUUUGAACUCGAAGCUCUUGUUCUUACAGGUCAUUGCUCGGAGAAAGAUCAUGAACCUCCCCGGGGCCUGCAGUUGAUCCUUGGAACCAAAAGUUCUCCCCACAUGGUUGACACCCUCGUCAUGGCUAAUCUAGGUUACUGGCAAAUGAAGGUUUUUCCUGGAGUUUGGUACUUGCAGCUUGCUCCUGGUAGAAGUUCCGAGCUCUAUGUUAUGAAAGAAGAUGCUGAUGGAAGUCAGGGAACAACUUUGUCGAAGCGUAUUACCAUAAAUGAUUUGCGGGGUAAAUUAGUUCACAUGGAAGUGGUGAAAAAGAAGGGCAAGGAACACGAGAAAUUAUUGGUUCCUUCUGAUGAUGAUAAUCAUUCUACUAACAAGAAGGGGAAUCAAAAUGGCUGGAAUUCCAAUUUUCUCAAGUGGGCUUCUGGAUUUAUUGGAGGGAAAGAUCAGUCGAAGAAGGGUGAAAGCACUUCCAGGGAGACUAGGAGUGUUGGUCGUCAUGGCCAAACUAUUAACAUAUUUUCUGUUGCCUCUGGACACUUGUAUGAGCGCUUUCUAAAAAUUAUGAUUUUAAGUGUUCUGAAGAACACGCAUCGGCCUGUCAAGUUUUGGUUUAUAAAGAACUACCUCUCUCCUCAGUUCAAGGAUGUAAUACCUCAUAUGGCUUGUGAAUAUGGUUUUGAGUACGAAUUAAUUACCUAUAAGUGGCCUACAUGGUUACAUAAACAAAAAGAGAAGCAGCGAAUCAUUUGGGCUUAUAAAAUCCUGUUUCUGGAUGUCAUUUUUCCUCUUGCCUUGGAAAAGGUUAUAUUUGUUGAUGCUGACCAGAUUGUGAGGGCAGACAUGGGAGAACUCUAUGACAUGGAUUUAAGAGGCCGGCCUCUUGCUUAUACUCCAUUCUGCGACAACAACAAAGAAAUGGACGGCUACAGAUUUUGGAAACAUGGUUUCUGGAAUGACCAUCUACGAGGAAGACCAUAUCAUAUUAGUGCUUUAUAUGUUGUUGAUCUGGUCAAAUUCCGGGAAACAGCAGCAGGAGAUCAACUAAGAGUUUUCUAUGAAACCUUAAGCAAAGAUCCAAACAGUCUUUCUAAUCUUGAUCAGGAUCUUCCAAACUAUGCUCAACACAUGGUACCCAUCUUCUCUCUUCCCCAAGAAUGGCUGUGGUGCGAGUCUUGGUGUGGUAACGCGACAAAGUCCAAGGCAAAGACGAUAGAUCUCUGCAACAAUCCCAUGACAAAGGAACCCAAGCUUCAGGGAGCUAAAAGAAUAGUUGCAGAGUGGCCGGAUCUUGAUUUAGAAGCUAGACAAUUCACUGCUAAAAUUUUAGGUGAAAAUGUUGAACCGCGAGAACAAGCAGUACCUCCUCUCCAAACGCAAGACAAAACUGGUGACUUUUCAUCAGAAGAUGAGGAAUCAAAAGCAGAAUUGUAA